UUUGGCGCCGGCCCCAGCGUGAGCGGGGACGGCGGCCGGGAGGGCGCGGCCCGGGUUCCCGUUCCCCGCGGAGCCAUGCGGUACAACGAGAAGGAGCUGCAGGCGCUGUCCCGGCAGCCGGCCGAGAUGGCGGCCGAGCUGGGCAUGAGGGGCCCCAAGAAGGGCAGCGUGCUGAAGAGGCGGCUGGUGAAGCUGGUGGUGAAUUUCCUCUUCUACUUUCGGACAGACGAGGCCGAGCCCGUCGGAGCCCUGCUGCUGGAGCGCUGCAGAGUCAUCCGGGAAGAGCCCGGCACCUUCUCCAUCAGCUUCAUCGAGGACCCUGAGAGGAAGUAUCACUUUGAGUGCAGCAGCGAGGAGCAGUGUCAGGAGUGGAUGGAGGCUCUGCGUCGGGCCAGCUACGAGUUCAUGCGGAGAAGCCUCAUCUUCUACAGGAACGAAAUCCGGAAGGUGACGGGCAAGGACCCCCUGGAACAGUUCGGCAUAUCCGAGGAGGCCAGGUUCCAGCUGAGUGGCUUGCAGGCGUGAGCGCAGGGCACGGUGGUCAGCGUGCAGCGGGACGGGACUGGCCCUGCCCAGCCAUGAACCACUUGGCCAUGCCUGGAUUUGUUUUGUUUUGGUUUUUGGUUUUUGGGUCAGGGUUUCACUGUGUUGCCCAGGCUAGAGUGCAGUGGUGCCACAGCUCACUGUGACCUUGACCUUCUGGACUCAAGUGAUUCUGCUGCCUCAGCUUCCCAAGUAGCGGGGAUCACAGGCAUGAGCCGCCACACCCGGCCAUCACACCUGGAUUUUCAGUGGGAGGUUUUUGGUUUGGAGACAUCCAAAGCCUGAAGCCAGGUGGGUGUGGGCAGGGGCUGCAUUUUAUGAAACUGCCCAGCAAACUGCGCUCCCUGGGGCCCCAGGAUCCACCUAACUGGCCUGGCACCUGGUGCCACGUGCUGCUGCCGCCAGGAUAUGCGCCUUCCCACAGGUGCCCCGCCUGAGUUGUGUGCAUCCAGGGGCCUGGUGAGCCCCCAGGCUGGUGGCAUGGCCCCCCUGCCCCGUGCUGAAUGAAUGUACAGAGCCAGACAAAGCUGUGAAUGGCAUAGGGGCUGAGUUCCCCACCAGCUGUGAAUUCUCCUGCAGACAGGAGGGCCCUGGCUGUGCACCUGGGGAAGUGGUUGCCCUGGGGCCGGGGUGCUUGUUCUGUUCAAAUAAAGGUACCUCUUUUCCAUA